AUGUUCUCCAACGCCAACCUUGUCAUGGCCCUGGCCAGUACCCUCAGCCUCUUCCGUCCCGCCGCUGCCGGAAACCUCUGCCUGUCCUAUACCUACCAAGUCCAGGGCGGCAACGGCGCACACGACUGGCGGACCUUCGCGGCCGGCAGCCCGUGCGAUACCACCAAUGUCUUCGACGAGGACAUCUGCUCGUCGCUGCCGGCGAGUGACAACAUUUGCGAUGUUGACUACACUCUUGUCUCAGCUGAGGAUGACACGAUUGACGAUGCCGACUGCAGCAUUGCCAUUGAGAUCGACGGCACCGUCUACCACGGACGUCUGUCGGAUGGCGGUCUGGACGGCAGCGAGUGUGGUGCCGAUUGUGGAUUCCCGCCGCGCGAGUUCAAGAGCAACUACAUCUUUGAGAAUGUGCCCAUGUGCGAUUAA